AUCGAUCUAUUGAGUAUACAUAAGUAUUCUACACAGGAUAGUAUAUAUGUAUACAGUGAGUCAGAGCUAAAAUCGUAUAACUUUUCCAAUCGUACAACUGAAUAACUUUUAAAGACCUGAUUUUUCCUCCUUUCCUUUCUUUCUUUUUUCUUUUUUCUUUUUUUUUUUUUAUUUGAAAAGUUGAAAGGAUCAGUUUGCUAGGUGACGUGUGAAAGACUUUGAAAAUUUCAUCAAAAUCGGUUAACGUCGUUAUGAGCUACGAACGAUUAAAAAUGAUGGGAAUCGCAAUUUUUCACGAUUUCCCGCCCAUAGCUAACCGUAAUAAAUUUAAAUAUGCUUACACCUUUCGAUGCCUGUUUCCCCAUCAAGCGAUUUCGAUAUUUUUAGCGUAGAUAUGUAUAACUGACGUAAACGUGUGUUUUUAAAUCCACGUUACAGGCCCCGAUAGAAAAGUUGUAAAAGGUGACCUUUACUGUUUCCUUCGCGAUUUUGAUCAAUUGCAAGUUUUUCAAUAUUUUUCUGACGCGUCAUUUAGCAAACUAAUUCUAUAAACUUCUCAAAAAGGUGGAAUCGUCUGAUUCGAUUUUUAAAAACGUUGUUCUUAUAUUUCUAAGGGUGCGCGAGUUAGACCGUGACACACUGUAUACUUGUCAGGAAAUUCAAACGGUAUCGAAUAAACAUAUAGAAGAGAAACAUGGUGUAUUGUUAUACAUAUUGAAUCGUGUGCUCUAUUUCGUUUACACGCGCUUCAUUGUGCGCGCUUUAUUCGUUUGAAGAAGUUAUUAUUGGAAGGAAAUAUUUUUCUUACGGAGAUGAUGAAUUAUUGUUAGUAAUAGAUCUUUCUCUUUUGUUUUAGAAGGAAUUAGUGAAAUACGGUAUCAAAGAAGUAUUACGUCUUACGUUAUCGUAUCUUAUCUUAUCAUCUUUUGUAAUAUACUUUAUUUUCAAAAAUAAUAUUUUUUUAAGCCAUUGUGUUUAAGAAUCAAUAGGAUAGCAAAAUUGAAAUAAACAAUCAUUGUAAUCGAAUCGUUAGAGGAGUGUAUAACAGCUGCAAGUGCGCGAUUAUAGCGAAUCUACCGAUAUUACGUCUCGCUGAUUCCAGCAUUCAUCACAAUCAACGACAGAUGGAAGAUACUCGUCAACAGGUGUUGUUGAAGGAACCACCGGAAAUAUCGUGGGAGAACACGCUUGGCGCCCCGGAUGGCGUUCCGUUUGACGAUGACACCAAGGAAUUACUCAGAAGAUGCAUCGAUGUGUCGACAUCCACACCCACCACUCUGCCGCAAAUCAUCGAGCGAAGCGAGGCGUUUCCUAUAAACUUUCCUAUUAACACCGUAAGAUGUUCCACGCUGAGAGACAGGGGAAUUAGCACAAACACCCUUGAGAUGAACGCGAAUUCGGUUUAUCCUGUGAUACACGAAGCGAUGUUACCAUUGUUAGCUCGAUGGUUGAAGCAUAAACGGCUGUAUGGUAGUGCAAUCGAGAGAGCCAUGUACAAAGAUAUGGGCUUGGUACAAUUCAUUCACCGUUUGCUAGAAAAGCGAGCCGUGCACUUCUAUGGAUCUGAUGAUCGAUGGAAAUUAAUCGACGGUAAGACAGGCGUGGACGGAUGGGAAAAUGUUGGCACAGAUCACGAGAAAGAACCACUGGUGUUAACGAAAUGUUUGUCAUACGAUGAGAUCAAAUUGUCGGCGAUGAUGGCGAUGUCUUCCCACACAGAAUUCAUAAACGAUGGCUCGCGCGAGAACAGAGGCGUCGUGAGUACCGAUCCAGACUCUGUACAGCCGAGAGGAGUCAUUAUAGGUGUCGUGGGAACAAGAUUUGAACGCCCACGCUUUAUGGAAUACCAGGACAUCCUUAUUACUCCUCUGCAAAACACUGUCGAGAAUGGAUACGGACCGCAAACAGCUGGAAGCUCGGAAGAGAUACGUGGGCUGCGAGUUUUGUGGGCCAAAUUUUACGGCGAGGAAUACCAUCCGCUGUACGAGGAGACGCUGAAACGAAUUAAAUCAAAAGAAAACAGAAGAUAUCUCUCGUUGAUAAGUCAAACAGUCUUCGACAUCGAGAAUUACAUGAAAAGGACACUGCUCACCGUAGAAAUCAUACUUCUCGAAGCAAAUACACGAGCGGAGAAGCAAAACACGACUGCUUUCUUACAUGUUGUCGGCUUUGGCCUCGGGGUAUGGAGACUUACUCAAGAGCAAGAAGUAUAUUUUUUAAAGACGUUCGAGAUCGCCCUUAGGAAAAUGAACAAGAAACUGAGAUACGUAUCCGAUAUAAUGUUCGCGUAUUUCCAACAACGAAAGUGCGGCGACGCUGGAAACGGCGAUUAUCUCGGAGAUAUAAGAAUUCACUUCGCUCUCAGGGAACCCCAUAGCAAACUGUUCAAAGCCUCGGACGCGAAUAAACUUCUCGUAGUGACGUACGCGUGGGAUGGAAACGCGUUGCCAGGAAACGAAUUCUGGAGCGGGCAUUUGACAUCGAGUGGAGAAUCAGCGGCAGCGUGUAGUACUCAGAUCGCAGAAUUGCAUACUUUCAGAAUAAAUCCUCGAGCAUGUGGAGCCAGCUUGCACAUUGCAUCUGCGCAGCAUGGUAUUUUGCACAUAUCGGAUUACGCGAAGCUACACCUUGCUUAGGAAAGGGCUGGCCCAUUGGGCACCGGUCAGCGAAGACCAUCACGAUCUCCACGUAGUCAAAGAAGUCGUAGCGCAGAUGUCGAUUGCUUGAAGAAAUACACAGAAAGACGAGUCGAGGAGAGAAGACACACAGAGAUACCAG